GACGCCAUGACGUCCAUCCUCUCAGCUCUUCUCUGCCUCGGGCUGAGUCUGGACCAGAGGAUCCACAUGCAGGCAGGGACUCUCCUCAAACCCACCCUCUGGGCUGAGCCAGCCUCUGUGAUGUCCUGGAGGAGCCCCGUGACCAUCUGGUGUCAGGGAACCCUGGAGGCCAAGGAGUUCUGUUUUCACAAAGAGGGAAACACAUUUCCCUGGUGCGGAGUGAAUUCACUGCAUCCAAUGGACAAGGGCAUGUUCAGGAUCACAAGCCUGACAGAGCAUGGUGCUGGGAUAUAUCGCUGUUACUAUCGCAGCCUUACUGGCUGGUCAGAGCGCAGUGACCCCCUGGAGCUGGUGGUGACCAUAGGAACCUACAGCAGACCCAGCCUCUCAGCCCUGCCCAGCCCUGUGGUGACCUCAGGAGGGAAUGUGACCCUCCAGUGUGGCUCAUGGCAGGGAUUUUUUGACAGGUUUAUUCUGACUAAGGAAGGAGAUCACAGGCUCUCCUGGACCCUGGUUUCACAGACACACCUCAGUGGGCAGUUCCAGGCCCUGUUCCCUUUGGGCCCAGUGAACUCCAGCCACAGGUGGACGUUCAGAUGCUAUGGCUGUUACAGGGACAAACCCCACUUGUGCUCACAACCUAGUGACCCCCUGGAACUCCUGGUCUCAGGUACCUUCCCCAAACCCACCUUCUUGGCUGGGCCAGGCCCUGUGAUCCCCCAGGGCAGGCCCCUGACCAUCUCCUGUCAGGGGACCCAGGAGGCUGAGGAGUACCGUCUGGAUAAAGAGGGAAGCCCAGCACCAUGGAAAAGAGAGAAGCCACUGAAGCCCGGGGACAAGGUGAUGUUCUCCAUCCCACUCAUGGCAGAGCAUGAUGCUGGGAGAUAUCACUGUUACUAUCUCAGCCCUGAUGGCUGGUCAGAGCCCAGUGACCCCCUGGAGCUGGUGGUGACAGGAUCCUACAGCAAACCCAGCCUCUCAGCCCUGCCCAGCCCUGUAGUGUCCUCAGGAUGGAACGUGACCCUGCAGUGUGGCUCAGGGGAGGCAUUUGACAGCUUCAUUCUGACUAAGGAAGGAGACCACAGGCUCUCCUGGACCCUGGACUCACGGAGACAGCCCAGCAGUCAGUUCCAGGCUCUGUUCCCUGUGGGCCCGGUGACCCCCAGCGACAGAGGCCCAUUCAGAUGCUAUGGUUAUGACAGGUACAGGCCCCAGGUGUGGUCACACCCGAGUGACCCCCUGGAGCUCCUGGUCUCAGGUAAGGCCCAUUAUUGUCCCUUCCAUUGAUUCAGGCACCAAAUACUGGGGUGUUAUUAGGGUCAUUAAUUUGAGUGCAGCCCCAUAUGAGAGGGUGAGGGGAGCACAAGGGCUCCUGGGCCUGAGUCACAGAGAAAGACAGUGAGGCCUGAUGUCCAGGCCAGGAGAAUGGGGUUAUGGGAGGAGCAGCCCCUGUAAUUCACAUCUGUUCUCUCCAGGUGAGUCUGGGAAGCCCUCCCUCCUGAGCCAGCAGGGCCCCAUUGUGGCCUCUGGACAGAGCCUGACCCUCCAGUGUCGCUCUGAUGUCGGCUAU